UUAGACACCGAUCAUUCAGAAACGAGUCCUCAUAUGGAUAAUAAUUGGGUGGACGGCACCACUCGCACCUUCAUAUGCUAUGCCUGUGCCAAGGGGGAUUCAACAUUUUACACCGACAAUGGGUACACCAUAUAUGGAAGGGCGUUCAGCCACUGUAUCGCCGAAUACGCAUGCAGCUUAAGCUUGACAGAAAUAUUAAACAAGCUU